AUGAGUUCCCUUAUGCACCUACUCUCGUCCCAUGUGAAAAGAGCCCGCGCUUCCAGUCUGAGGAAGAAGGCUGAAAACGAAAAGCGCACCACAUCGAGACAUAGGGUGUUUCCGUCUUCUUCCUCACUGUCUGUUGUCGCUAAACUUCCCCCGAUUCCAACGUCCUCCCCGUGGGAUCUCCUUCCGGUCGAACUCCAGAUCACAAUAUUCGCCCACUGCGGUGUCACGGACUUUCUUCCCCUCAAACUCGUCUGCAAAUCCUUUAAUCAAGUCCUCUCCACGCAUGAGCAAUUGAUCGCACGCCAAUACCUCCGCCAGCGCCGCCACGGAACUCUCCCGUCGCCGAUAGACAAUCAAAAAACAUAUACUCGAAAUCCGGCAGACGAUGUAGUUCUCUUGUCGGACCUCUUCCCACCCGCGAAGAGCGCCAAGGGUGGUCAUCUGUAUACUUUUCGCUAUGUGCAUAGCCUUCGUCGGCGGCAGAAGCUCUGUUCGAAAUUGUGCUACUAUCUGGCGGACCGUGUGAUGGACCGAUUUGUACACAGUGAGCCAGUCUACAUGAAGAAUAGAUUCCCUUCAAGGGUAGACCGAAAUGAAUUCAUGAAGAGAGCAACUGGGAGAAUCUGGUUUCAUCUCUCACCACUCAUGUAUUACGCUUUGUACUUUCUCGAAGCCUACGCGGAAGCUCGGCGCGAACAGACAAAUAUUCUUUUGCACGACUUCGAGGCUGGACGACUACCUGUACCAAUACCACCGCAUGUCCGCAAAGACAUGCAUCGCGUACUGCAGCAGAAGAUUGUGCAAGCGCCACCGUUUACAGAUACUUCAACGCUCCUAUCGACACACCAUUGCAUGCAGCUCUUAGUCCACUAUUUGCAAUUCACCGUACCUCCCGACGAGCCGGUAGUCUCAGAUGACAGUUGGAUCGGCUCCUUGCUAACGGUGUCGCCAUUUAUCCGAAUCGUGGAAUACUUUUCAGCGGAAAUCGGAGACGGUGGCAGCCAGCGCAUGCAGCGGAGAGACUUCAUGAAAAAAUUUCACAAUGAUAUCAUGAUGUACGAAAAGGACGACAUGAACUCGUUGGUAUUUGAAAGUGCACCGCAUGUACACCUUCAUGGCGCUGUGCAGGACGUCUGGUUUGACGUUGUCAAGGCUGAGCUGGCAUCAAGAAGGGCUCGGAACCAUGACAUGGAAAGCGUUGUGGUCUCGGACAAUCUGCCUAUCGUAUUCGGCUGCCCUGACUGCCGACCUCCAAUGCAUGGGGAGUGGCAUACAUGA